AGGGCCAGGCGUGCGCAGUGGUUCUUGGGAGUGGCGGAGCGGGUCCUGCCCGGCUGUCAGCUGUGGCCCCCGGCGCCGGGCAGGGGUGGCCGCGACCAUUGGCGGAGAGGCGCACGGGGCGGGGCCGGCCCCAGCCGCUGCGGGCAAGGCUGAGCAGGCGAAGGUGGGCAACUGGCCAGGGAAGCGCGGUCCGGGCGGCUACAUUCGGCCUGGCCAUGGCAGCGGCGCCCCUGAAAGUGUGCAUCGUGGGCUCGGGGAACUGGGGUUCAGCUGUUGCAAAAAUAAUUGGUAAUAAUGUCAAGAAACUUCAGAAGUUUGCCUCCACAGUCAAGAUGUGGGUCUUUGAAGAAACAGUUAACGGCAGAAAACUGACAGACAUCAUCAAUAAUGACCACGAAAAUGUAAAAUAUCUUCCUGGACACAAGCUGCCAGAAAAUGUGGUUGCCAUCUCAAAUCUCAGCGAGGCCGUGGAGGACGCAGACCUGCUGGUGUUUGUCAUUCCUCACCAGUUCAUUCACAGAAUCUGUGACGAGAUCACUGGGAGAGUGCCCAAGAAAGCACUGGGAAUCACCCUCAUCAAGGGCAUAGAUGAGGGCCCAGAGGGGCUGAAACUCAUUUCUGACAUCAUCCGCGAGAAGAUGGGCAUCGACAUCAGUGUGCUGAUGGGAGCCAACAUUGCCAAUGAGGUGGCUGCGGAGAAGUUCUGUGAGACCACCAUCGGCAGCAAAGUCAUGGAGAAUGGUCUCCUCUUCAAAGAACUUCUGCAGACUCCAAAUUUCCGAAUUACCGUGGUUGAUGACGCAGACACUGUUGAACUCUGUGGUGCUCUUAAGGUAAAGUCAGCCGGUGAUCGCUGCUGCAGGGGAGGAGUUCAUCAAGCAAGGCCAAUGUUAGCAUCAUUGAGUCUGAUCCUCAAGAAUGGGCCCUGUGUUCUGUGCACCCCCAUCAGCGAAGAAUAG